AUGGCCCAAAACGUGGUUCUAUUUUUAUUGUGGCUUUCGGGCAGAUCACUCGCAGGAUUUCCCAAUCAGAUUAAUAUAGGUAAGUGGUUCGUAAAAUAAUUAUAAAAUAAUUUAAGAAUAAUUUUGGCUUCUCCCCCCCCCCCCCCCGUCAUUUGAUGGAUAAUGCCUGUUCUUGGUUAUCUUCCGAGUAGGACCUUUAUCGUGUGUGUUAUUAAGUAGGUUAGCUUGCUUUGCUUGCAGUAAGAAAUUGUGAACUUGCCCCGCCGCUUUGAUUACAGAUUUUAAGAAAUACAACGUUAGCAAAAUGCUUGAAACAAUCUACCACAUUGAAUGGUUCACGGGAAAAUGUUGCAACUUCAUAAGGGUGAAAAUUGGAGGGAGCAAUUCCGCAGUAACAGAUUUCUGUAGACAGAAUGAUGAGGAGUAAAGAAGGAUUAUGUGUGAUCUCUUUCUCCUAAUUCAUUUGACGCACGAUCCUGCCUGCAUGAUCUAUGGUGUUUGAUUUAAAACUUGAUUUCCGUGUAUAAACAGAAUGACGGGGAUCGCUGCAGUUUAACAAUUCGUAUGUAAGCUACAUACAAGUGAAGUGCCACUGAAGUCGAUGUCUUCCUCAAGUUUUGCUCGACAGGCUGUAGGUAGGCUACCCUACCUACCGUCCGUGGGUUGGUUUUUGCAAGGGCCAGUGGUGGUUCCCUCCGGCGUCUAUAAAAAGGCAGAAAGAGUUGGAUGUAAAAUGUGUGUAAAUAAUGAUGGCAGUCUAAGUCCAUUAUGUAUCUGUAUGUCUUCUAGGUGGUCUGUUCAUGCGGUCCACUGUGCAGGAGCACAGCGCGUUUAGGUUUGCCGUUCAGCUCUACAACACCAACCAGAACACUACGGAGAAGCCCUUCCAUCUCAACUACAAUGUAGACAACCUCGAGUCGUCCAACAGCUUCUCA